GACAACAAAACCCUAAAACUAAACACGACUCACAUUCAUCUUCUCAAAAAAAAAAAAGACUCUGCGGGCUGCGGCUGCUUCCAUCAAACUUCAAUGUCGCGCCGCUGAUCCGACCUCGCCCUCCUCCGCUGACCUCGCCGGCUCGCCCUCAUCCGCCGGCCUCCUCUGUCCGUUGAGUAUUUCAGCCGCUGCAACUUCCCCUUCCCACGACGGUUACAGCACAGUUACAGACAGCGUAUUUGGAACUCCUUUCCCAGAAAGCCCACCUUCCCUCGAGUAAUCCGAUGUAUUGGGCUACAACAGCGUAUAAGGAACCUUCACCGGCCCAACCCUGUUCUUCAAUUUCGGAUUCUCAUUCAUCUCCGUAAUCCGCUUCUCAAUCCCUUUCAACCUCUCCCCAAAUCUCCUGAACGCCGCCAGCGGUUCGUCAUCGCAAGUCCACUCAUCGCUCUCCCUCUGCCCCAGGUAAAUCUCGUCCGUCGAAUGCCUGGAUAAAAUCUCUAUCAGCGAUACCCCUAACAAUGUCUGUAACUGUGCCGUAAUCGUCUUCAAAUAACUAGCCUCCUCUUACAAGUUUGGAUACAAUACAAUAGCUAGAAGAAAGAGAAGAAGAAGAAAAAAAAAGAGGCUUAGAAAAGUUUGGAUACAAUUUCACAUGUGAACAGCAUCCGCCAUUUCAAUUGUUAAUUUCACAUGUAAACAGCAUCCGCCCAAAACAUUAUCUUUGAUGAUUCAUGGUUUGACAAAGACAGUAGCAAUACAAGUAUACAAAGAUUAGGAUCGCCUUUUCAAUUGUUAAUUCCAAUUGUUAAGCAACAGUUUUACAGUCGGGAAGCAUAACUUAUGUACAUUCUAUGCUAGAUCAGGUACCAAUGGAAAGAUAUUACUCAAGACAAGUCCAAUCUACUUCUAAUGUUCAAACUGAAGGUGUUGAAGCUAGUGGGAGUAGACAAGCUCAAACCUUUCCUCCUUCGUCGAUAGUGGGAGCUCCUCAAAUACAAGAACCAAAUCUUUCAGGUUCAGUCAAUCGAACUCCAGAAGAAAGUGAGUCUUUCUCAGCAGAGUCAGAUAGAGAGUUUGAUGAAAACUCUUUGGUGCUAGAUCCGGCAUUAAGAACUAAGAUAUCUAGCUUUCAUCCCAAUGUCCAUGACUAGGUUAGAAGAUUUUAUCUUCAAAAAGGUCCUAUUCAACCAAAGAGUCAUGCUUUUCCCGCCAGAAACUUUAGUGGAAGGCAACGUAGAUUCCAGGCUUCUUGGUUUAAGAAGUAUAAUUGGCUUGAAUAUAGUGUCUCAAAAGAUGCUGCUUAUUGUCUAUAUUGCUAUGUGUUCAGUAAGCGAGGUGGGAGUAAUGAUGGCUUUAUUGGUGAAGGAUUUAGAACAUGGAAUAAAUUGAAAGCUUUUGAUGAUCAUGUUGGGGAGCAUAACAGCUACCACAAUAGAGCUAAAAACAGUUCAGAUCUUUUAUUGAAGCAAUCAAGAGGAAUUGAAGCUGCAUUAUUUAGACAAUCAUAUCAAGCCAAAAGAGAUUAUCGAAUUCGUUUGGUUGCUUCACUUGAUUGCAUAAGGUGGCUAGUAGUGAAUGGAUUAUCUUUUCGAGGGCAUGAUGAAUCUGCAACUUCAAGUAACAGAGAUAACUUUCUUCAGCUAUUAGAUUUCCAUGCUCUUGGUAGAGAAGAUGUGCAAAGAGUGGUUGGGAGGAAUGCUCCAAAGAAUCUCCAACUCACCUCUCCAAAGAUUCAAGGCGCAAGGCUCCACAGAUCACAAACUUGCAUCACUAUCAGGUUGAAUUGUAUUACUCUGUUCUUGAUAUGCAGCUGCAAGAGUUGAACAACCGUUUUGAUGAGGUGAAUACUAGGUUGUUGACUUGUAUGGCUUCUCUUAGCCCGGAGAAUGAGUUUGCUGCUUUUGACAGGGAGAAGCUGGUUAGUCUUACUCGAUUUUAUCCUACAGAGUUUGGUCAUCUUUCUGACUCUUUUCUUCUAAGGGACUUUGAGAAUUACUAUCAUUCUGUGAAGAAUGAUGAGUUAUUCCAUGGAUUAAAAGGAAUUGAUGAAUUGUGUCAGCUGAUGGUGAAGACAAAAGUGAAUCUAUCAUAUCCAUGGGUAUAUUUGCUUCUCAAAGUUGUAUUGACUUUACCGGUUGCAACUGCAAGUGUUGAAAGAGCUUUUUCAGCUUUGAGUUACAUCAAGAACAAGCUUCGGAAUCGACUAGGCGAUCAGUUUGUGAAUAUGAUUGUCUCGUAGGAUAUAUUGAAAGAGAUUUGCUGAAUACUGUAGACACAGAGUGUAUUUUAGAAUAUUUUCAGAAUAUGAAAACACGACGUGGAAAUUUGUUGUAACUUGUAUUAACCAAAUAUUUGUGUUGUUGAAUAUUAUUCGGAUACUUUUAUUAUUUAAGAAUUAUUUUAUUUUAUUUUUAAUUUUAUUUUGAAAGCGGACACCCCUACUCAAAAUUCCUGGGUCCGCCACUGCGUACUACUCUCUAUGUGUAUAUGUUGCGCGACAAACAAAUUCUAAUAAUACGUGGUACGUAUUUAAGACAUUCGAAUUUGAAAUCUAAAGGUUGAAAAUUAGUUAUAGGAUUGAUAGAUCAAAAUCCUUAUCCUUGUUCGCGUAAUCGAAAAGCUAAUUAAUAUGACUAAUCUUGGAAGUUCUAGUUUACCUUGCAAUAUAUUCGCACUUAUACAUGCACAAAGGCGCCACAUGUAUUCCUUGCAAAUUCAGCUACCUUCCCUUUUCUCUCUUUCUUUCCCACACCUUGUUGAGAGAGGUACAUGGGGUAUUGACGACGUAUAUACAAACCGCCGAGAAAAGCCAAACAGGCUUGGCUUCACGUGGACGGACGUGUGUUGAAUGGCCGUUUUGCAUGCAAAUCACCACUACCCAAUUCUCCUACUAGACGUGUCUUUUAAUUGCGUGACUGACUCCCACUUUCCCUUGCUUCACAAACAAACUAUUCGUACAUUGGAUAAAAGUUGAAGUACAACAUAGUUAUUCAAAUCGUAAACUUAGUCCUCAAUGAGUGAAUUCUGAGUCCUAGUUAUAACUUUAAACUCUAAUAUGGUGCAUCUAAUUUGUUACCUGUAUUACGAUGAAUCUUAACCAUCAAUUCUUGUUACUAAUUAAAAAAAUUAUUGUAUAAGGUUUAUACAAAUAAUAUCUAAAUUUUAAUUUUUAAAAAUUAGAGUACAAUGUCGUAUUUUAAUUUUUAAUACUUUUUUUACUUUGUUAUGCGGUAUUUUUACCUGGUGUACGAAUAUAAUCAUCCAAUAUAUCUACUAGAAGUCACAGCAAAUAUGUCUGGAAAAAUGACUUUGCAGCUACCAAUUCAUUAUAAAUAUUAGAAAUUGGUUUGUCCCCCGUGAAGAAGAAGAAAAAAGUAGCUAGAAGAGAUUCGGGAGGGGUUACGGUGCUAAUUGUACAAUAGUUAGCACCGUCCUAACCAAGGGAAAAACUACUACUAGUUUGAAUUAAUAGUGAUUUAGCUUAGAUGUUGUAUUGAUUUGAUAAUAAUAAGUAGUGUUUUUUGCUAGUUAUCACGGUGCUAACCCCUAUCUAAUCCCAUCCUAAGAGAUUCACAUACGUGAUUGCUUUUCAAGUUUCCAAGCCCUCCUUUUCAUUACACCUGUCUGCCCCUGUUACCUUAGCAAAGGAAAGGAAACAGACAUCCCAAAUUCCCAAUCCCAAGCUAAAUUCAUGCAAACCCACCACGUGGCCUCAUCAGAUAUGCCCCAUUAUCCAUUCUUACAGCACACUUGGAUGGAUAUAUGCAUCUCAUCCACAAUAAUUCUUCUUCAAAACAUAUAUUAUACAUACAUAUACUACCCUCUCAAAUGUAGGGUACGACUUGAAAAUUAUUUAGGCAUGUGGGGUGGAUUGGGUAACUGCAGAUGAUGGUUGGAUGGGUUCAGUGGAUUUACAACAUUAAAUUUAAAAAAAUUACAUAAUUUAAAUUGCUUUAAAUUUCAAAUGAAAAAAAAAACUGUAAACGGAAUAACCUUUAAUCAGUAACUCAAAUGCACCAUUUAGUUUACAAUAUUACUACUAGUCAUUUUUCAAAAACAACAAAAAUAUUCCAACUAAUAAAUGUGGUCUAAGUCU